CACUCGCAGUUCAGAGUUGAAAGUCAAGGAGAGCAGAAGCAUGGCGGCUUUAGUGAAGUGCAGAGCGCUGCUUCAGCCUGUCCGAUCACAAAUAAACGUGAUCAGCGGCGUCUGCAGAUCGGACAGUGUUUUGCACGCAUUUCUAACCAAGAGAGUGCCUCAUUGUGUGCGACUGGCCAGCUCCGACGUUAAGUCUGGAGAUGACCUUAUCGUUAGAUACUUGGACGGUGAUGACUCAGGGAUUGUUGUUUUGGGGAUUAAUCGGCCUCAAUCUAAAAAUGCCAUCAGCAAAAAUCUUGUUACAAUGAUGUCAGAAGCUCUCGAGUCAUUGAAGAAGGACAACAAAGUGCGUACUGUAGUUUUGUGCAGUAUGGUGCCUGGGAUAUUCUGCGCAGGUGCAGACUUAAAAGAAAGAGCAAAGAUGCAGCAGAGUGAAGUAGGACCAUUUGUUACUAAAGCAAGAACACUAAUAACAGAGCUUGGUACUCUUCCCAUGCCAACGAUCGCAGCCAUUGAUGGGGCGGCUCUUGGAGGAGGUCUGGAGAUGGCUCUGGCCUGUGACAUCAGAGUGGCAGCUAGCUCUGCUAAGAUGGGACUAGUUGAGACUAAAUUAGCCAUCAUCCCAGGCGCUGGGGGAACCCAGCGUCUGCCACGAACUGUAGGAGUGUCUGUAGCUAAAGAGCUGAUAUUUGCGGCGCGAGUGUUGAGCGGUGCCGAAGCCAAGAGUCUCGGUCUGGUGAAUCACGCUGUGGAGCAGAAUGAGUCUGGAGAUGCGGCGUAUCUGCGAGCUCUGGAUCUGGCCCGUGAAUUCAUCCCUCAGGGGCCAAUUGCAAUUCGAAUGGCGAAGCUAGCAAUCAACCAGGGAAUAGAGGUGGAUUUGAAGACCGGAUUAGCCAUUGAAGAGGCAUGUUAUGCUCAGGUGAUCCCAACCAAAGACAGGCUGGAAGGUUUGCAGGCAUUCAAAGAGAAACGUCCUCCUCGCUUUAAGGGCGAGUAACUGCGACCUAAACAACCCAGUUACAAACAGCUGUCUUCUGAUUGCUGCGAGUCUGGUGAAGACUACUGCAUAUCUGAAAUGUUUGGAGCACUGAUGAUGGUAAAAACCUGUAGGGAUUUGAGCUGAAGUGUAGUCAUUGUGAACUUUCUUCCUAUUCCUUGUGUAAUAUAGUCACUUUGAUUGUCCAUUCUCAUCUGAUUAAAUAAAAUUGGAUGCAUUUCUAAUCAACUCAAGACGGACAGUUUUACAAUGUUCAUUACUCGAGGAGCAUAUAACCCAUGCUACAUCUGGUUGGGUAGGUUGAUUCCGGGAAUCAGCAGCUGAUUAUAUGCAUCAAAGCUGCUUUCUCUUUAAACGUGUGCAUGUAAUCAGUCCAGUCAACAUCCACCCAGUUUUUGCCCUAAGGGUAAUGUAUAAAAAAAGGUGUUGAUAGGAAUUUUUGUAAUUUAUGCAAUAAAGAGUUAAAAUGUA